AGGCUCCACAUCCGCCUUCAUCCCUCUGACAGCUCCCAUCAGCUGUUUGUCUCAUAUUAGAUCAGUGUGCGCCCCCUGGUGAGUGAACCUCCUCCUCCUCCUCCUCCUCCUCUUCAUCAUGGUGACAUUAGUCCACACUCUGCAGCAGCACACAGACGAGCUGAGCUGCUGCUGCUUCUCUGCGGGCCUGCUCGCCACCUGCUCGGCCGAUAAAACCCUCCGCGUGUACGACACGGCGGAUUUCUCGGAGCUGCCCGGCUCUCCUCUGUCCGGACACGGCUACGGGGUUCACUGCUGCUGCUUCAGCUCCUGCGGCCGGAGCCUGGUCAGCUGCUCCACGGACGGGUCCAUCGUGGUGUGGAACCCGGACACAGGUGAGGCGGCCGCGGAGCUGCAGCACCCGGGCCGCAGUCCGCUCCGGGUGUGCGCCCUGGCCCCGGACUCCUCCCUCCUGCUGGCCGGAGCCUGUGACGGCACCGUGGCCCUCUGGGACUUCUCCUGCAAGACACUGCGCAGAUGCAGUUCAGUGAGCGAGGCCAGUGUCGUGGCGUGCUGCUUCUCCCCGUGUGGCCAGGUCUUCGUGACCGGCUGCACCAACGGCGACCUUAAACUGUGGGACGUGGACAUCAGCCUCCUGCACGCCGAGAAGGACGCCCACGACCUGGGAGUCACCUGCUGCAGCUCGGCACCGCACCUCAGACCUGAUGGCUGCUGUGUGGAGUUUCGACUGGCCUCCUGUGGACAGGACAGCCAGCUGAAAAUAUGGAUUGUUUCCCAGCUUGAAGGAGCAGCCUGGGUGAUGAAGCUCCUCCACACUCUCACCAGUCAUUCGGCUCCAGUUCUGUCCUGUGCCCUCUCCUCUGAUGGUGACCUGGUCGUCUCAGGUUCAGUGGAUAAAAGUGUUGCAGUACAUGACGCAAACGCGGGAGCCCUGCUCCACACAUUGAAACAGCACGACAGGUAUGUGACCGCUGUGGCUCUGUCUCCCACCAUGCCGUGGAUUGCAACCGGCUCCAUGGACAGGACGGUGAACGUGUGGAGAAUAGGAGAUGGAGACGGCUUAACUGCGGCUGAACCGAGGCAGACAGAGUGCCAAGGAAGGAAGUUGCCGGGUCACUUCAGGGCGCUGCUUGCUGAUUGGUCGGAGGAGGAUGUGCAGACUUGGCUGCAUGAGGAGGGACUAGAGCAGCUUGUCGGCAACUUUAAAGCCAACAACAUCGAUGGACCGGAGCUUAGCCGGCUGAACAAGGAAACAGCCUCAGAGCUAGGAAUUGAGUCGGUGGGCCUCCGCGGUCGUCUCCUGAGGAAGAUCGAGGCCUUGAAGGCAGAGCAGAGCGGUUCAGACGCUCCUGAUGAGUUUCUGUGUCCAAUCACCAGAGAGCUGAUGAGGGAUCCAGUCAUCUCUGCAGAUGGGUAUUCCUACGAGCGGGAAUCCAUCGAGAGCUGGAUCAGAGGCAAGAACAAAACCAGCCCCAUGACCAACCUGCCCCUGCAGACCACACUCCUUACCCCCAACAGAUCUCUGAAGAUGGCCAUCACACGGUGGAAGUCGAGUCAGUAGGCAGCAGCUCGUUUCAGCUUGUUUGUCAGAAUCCACCCAAAAGAUACUUAAUCAUUAAAGUAAUUACUGAUAUAAAGUUUUGUUCAGGGUGACGCUCAAGAGUCAAUUUGAAAGAAUAAUCUGAAUGUGAGGUUUAGGAUAAGUUGAUGGUAAAUAAGAUGGUAGUCUUAUUUACUACAAAUGAAUAUGCCUGCCAUUUUUCAAGGCAAUAUAUUGUAUCGUAUAUAUAUUUAUAUGUAAUCAAUACUGUGUAUUUUUGAUGACACUCUUACUUGUAACAAGAUGUAAGAAGUGUAGUUCAAUAAGGAAUAAAAUUAAUCACUGUUGAAAUCAACUUACUAAUGUUAGCCUGUGGCCACUGUAGUAAAUCUUCAUCCUAAA